UCAGUAUGCAUGCCGUAGAAAAGUCCAGAUAAACAUGGCUGCCUACAUGAAGAUGAUCGGAGCUGCUCGACAGCUUCACAGAAAUUCUUCUCUUGUGGUAAAACUGACCUGUCCUGGGGAGUUUCGUACCAGGGGCAGUCGGCAGCUCCUGAGCGAAACCUCAGGCCUGAACCGGACCCAGGCUCCGCGGUUCUACACCGGCUCCGGGACUCCACAGAAGACAUGCACCGACAUCACAGCAAUGACAGCAGGCUUCAGGCUCACGACCAGACCUCAUCGGUGGAUGCGGGUCGGGUCUGUCCUCCGCAGCCACCCGGACCUCCUCACAUCCACCAGGCGGCCCUUCAUUAUCCAGGACAGGGCGUUCGGGAACCAGACUAGCGGUGCGGGUUUCUCCGGGGAGGACGGCGCGGAUAGUGCGGGCUCAGGGGGAGAGGAGUCCGGAGGAGACGGAGGAGGAGCGUUCAGUGGACCUCAGAUGACAGCUCUCACCCCCAUGAUGGUACCGGAGGUGUUCCCCAAUGUGCCGCUGAUCGCCGUCAACAGGAACCCGGUUUUCCCCCGAUUCAUCAAGAUCAUAGAGGUGAAGAACAAAGAGCUGAUGGAGCUGUUGAGGAGGAAGGUUCGUCUGGCUCAGCCGUAUGCCGGGGUCUUCUUAAAGAGAGAUGAUAGUAAUGAGUCUGAUGUGGUGGAGUCUCUAGAUGCUGUUUACUCUACAGGAACCUUCGUUCAGAUUCAUGAGAUGCAGGAUUUGGGAGACAAGCUGAGGAUGAUCGUAAUGGGACACCGCAGGGUCCGGAUCACGAGACAGCUGGAGGUGGAGCCUGAAGAGACAGCAGCAUCUGAGUCCGAGUCCGAGUCACAACCCAAACCACCGAGACGCAAAGCCAAACGCACCCGCAAGGAGCCGCCUGGGUCUGUGGCAGAACUGAUGGAGGACAAGAUAUCAGAUGCAGACCUGAGUCCUGAGCUCCAGCCUCUGCUCUCCUCUAAUAUCCUGAUGGUCGAGGUGGACAACGUUCAGCAUGAACAGUUCACGGUCACAGAGGAAGUCAAGGCGCUGACAGCAGAAAUAGUAAAGACCAUCAGGGAUAUCAUCGCACUCAACCCCCUCUACAGAGAGUCAGUCCUCCAGAUGAUGCAGGCUGGUCAGAGAGUGGUUGAUAAUCCCAUCUACCUCAGUGACAUGGGAGCAGCUCUGACGGGAGCAGAAUCCCAUGAACUACAGGACGUCCUUGAGGAGACCAAUAUUCCAAAGCGGCUCUACAAGGCUCUGUCUCUGCUGAAGAAAGAGUAUGAACUCAGCAAACUGCAGCAGCGCCUGGGCCGAGAGGUGGAGGAGAAAAUCAAACAGACACACAGGAAGUAUCUGCUACAGGAGCAACUUAAGAUCAUUAAGAAGGAGCUGGGUCUGGAGAAAGAGGACAAAGAAGCCAUUGAGGAGAAGUUUCGAGAGAGGCUUAAAGACAGGACCGUCCCUCAGCACAUUAUGGACGUCAUCAAUGAAGAACUCAACAAACUGGGGCUGCUGGACAACCACUCCUCAGAGUUCAAUGUAACCCGUAACUACCUGGACUGGCUGACCAGCAUGCCCUGGGGCACCAACAGUGAAGAGAACUUAUUAUUAGAACGAGCCAAAGAAGUUCUAGAAGAAGAUCAUUACGGAAUGGAUGACGUUAAGAAACGCAUACUGGAGUUCAUAGCUGUAAGCCAGCUGCGUGGUUCCACCCAGGGGAAGAUCCUGUGUUUCUAUGGUCCUCCAGGUGUAGGGAAGACCUCCAUCGCCCGCUCCAUCGCCAGAGCCCUGAACAGACAAUACUUCAGGUUCAGCGUGGGAGGCAUGACUGAUGUAGCUGAAAUUAAAGGACACAGGAGAACGUAUGUUGGAGCGAUGCCUGGGAAAAUCAUCCAAUGCUUAAAGAAGACCAAGACAGAAAAUCCACUAGUGUUAAUAGAUGAGGUGGAUAAGAUGGGCCGUGGUUACCAGGGCGACCCAUCUUCAGCACUGCUAGAGCUCCUGGACCCUGAACAGAACGCCAACUUCCUGGACCACUACCUGGAUGUUCCUGUAGAUCUGUCUAAGGUUCUGUUUAUCUGCACAGCCAAUGUGAUUGACACCAUCCCAGAGCCGCUCAGAGACAGGAUGGAGAUGAUUAAUGUGUCAGGAUAUGUGGCUCAGGAGAAACUAGCCAUUGCUGAGCGUUACUUGGUCCCUCAGCUCCGCUCUCUGUGUGGUCUGACUGAGGAGAAGGCUGCGAUCUCAUCAGAUGCCCUCAGUCUGCUCAUCAGACAGUACUGCAGGGAGUCUGGAGUCAGAAACCUGCAGAAACAAGUGGAAAAGGUGUUCCGGAAGGUGGCAUUUUCUAUCGUCAGUGGGGAUCAAACCACAGUGACAGUUACAACUGAGAACCUGCAGGACUAUGUUGGGAAACCUCUGUUCACUGUGGAUCGAAUGUAUGAUGUGACUCCACCAGGUGUCGUUAUGGGACUGGCAUGGACUGCGAUGGGAGGGUCUACAUUGUUCAUUGAGACCUCGUUACGACGUCCUCCCGGAGGAGCAGACUCUAAAGGGGAGGGGUCCCUGGAGGUCACAGGUCAGCUAGGUGAUGUUAUGAAGGAAAGUGCUAAAAUUGCAUCAACCUUUGCCAGAGCCUUCCUGAUGACCCAGGAACCAGAAAAUCAGUUUCUGGUGAACUCCCACCUCCAUCUUCAUGUUCCUGAGGGUGCAACACCGAAGGAUGGACCCAGUGCUGGAUGCACCAUAGUAACAGCACUGUUGUCCCUAGCAACCAACCAAUCAGUGCGUCAGAAUGUAGCCAUGACUGGUGAGGUGUCACUGACAGGCAAAAUCCUGCCAGUAGGGGGCAUCAAGGAGAAAACUAUUGCUGCCCGUCGUGCUGGUGUGACCUGCAUCAUCCUGCCAUCUGAGAACAGGAAGGACUUCUCUGACCUACCAGACUACAUCACCCAGGGUCUGGAGGUGCACUUCGUGGACCACUACAGUCAAAUCUACCCCAUCGUGUUCCAAAGGAGCUAGUCAUGAACAGAACAUACCAGGACUACUUGUGGCACUUCAGAUUCUAAAUCAUCUUUGUUAUGACUCACCAGUAAUUAUUGUUACCGUUACUUAUGGUUUUAGUUACUGAAAUCCAGGUAUUAUUUUCAAAAAUGAUUCCUGUAAUCAAGUAGUUUGGACUUGACAGUGAUCCUUUCGUGGAGAAUGGCAGUUAUCUAGAGGAGCAGGCGGCUCCUCAGUAACUGACAGGACCCUGACACUCAACUGGAACCAUGAACAACAGUGUGACAAAGGUGGAUUAAAAUGAUGACGAACACUGGCUAUGUGCAUCAGCCACAUCCCAGGAAGAGGCGUCACUGCAGUCUGGAGUGGCCACUUCGCUGCCAAGCAGCACUCUUUACCCACAGCUCUCACUGUAUGGGCCAGUGGACGGACUCUUUCACAGAUUUCAUAUAUUAUUAUUAUUUUAUAUUGUUAUUGGCCAGAUGUGAUGAUGAUGAAAUAAAUUUAAUAAUAAACCCAA